ACGACAGCCACCGUAACGCCGGGACCGGACGCCUUCAGGCCUGCGGAUCUGCGCAGGCGCAGACCUCCGACGCGCGCACGUCCGCCCGGCGCGCGCACGUCCGCUGAAGGCGCGCAGUGUUCCCCUGAGCGCGCGCAAGUCCUGUUGUGGGUGCUGGGACGAUGUUGUGCUCAGUGUCCCGGGGCGAUGGCGCCGUGGAGAGUUAUGGGGUUUGUGAGGGAGAGGAUGGAAGUGGGUGACACACUGCUGAGGUGUUUACCCAUAGUCAAUAUCAAAAGUCCAAAAGAAUCUCCAUCUUUCUGAGUAUGCAAGAUGAAAUUGAGACAGAAGAGAUCAUCAAGGACAUUUUCCAACAAGGCAAAACCUGCUUUAUCCCACGGUACCAGUUCCAGAGCAAUCACAUGGAUAUGGUGAAGUUAGCAUCGCCUGAGGAAAUCUCUUCACUUCCCAAAACAUCCUGGAAUAUUCAUCAGCCCAGUGAGGUCGAGGUUCGGGAGGAGGCCUUGUCCACAGGGGGACUUGAUCUCAUCUUCAUGCCGGGUCUUGGGUUUGACAAACACGGCAACCGUUUGGGGCGGGGCAAGGGCUACUACGAUGCCUACCUGAAGCGCUGUCUGCAGUCCCAGGAUGUGAGGCCCUACACCCUGGCCUUGGCUUUCAAAGAGCAGAUUUGCCUUCAGGUCCCCGUGGAUGAAAAUGACAUGAAGGUAGAUGAAGUGCUUUACGAAGACUCCUCAGCAUCUUAAAUCCUGAUGACCACAGCCAAAUAAUCAAGGUUUUGUGCCAGAGAAAAGCCAAACGUGUAUUUUCCCUUGUCAGAAAUUAGUGGAAAUUGCACAAUAAUGUGAAUAUGGGCUGUAGUGUUUUCAGUGUAAUUGUUAGAUACCGAACAUGAAACCAUUUAAAAAAAUCAAUAGCAGGGGCUUCCCUGGUGGCGCAGUGGUUAAGAACCCGCCUGCCAAUGCAGGGGACACGGGUUCAAGCCCUGGUCUGGGAAGAUUCCACAU